AUGUCAUCUCAAAAACAUAUUAUGUUAUCCUAUCAAUGGGAUCAUCAAAAACUUGUAACAGAGGUUUAUCGUCGUCUUAAGGAAAUAAACAUUCCGUUAUGGAUGGAUACGCAAGGUGGAAUGAAAGGUCAUUUAAGUGAAAGUAUGGCAGAUGGAGUGGAAAAUGCAGCAGCUAUAUGCUGUUUCUUGACACCAAAAUAUCAAGAUAGUGCUGCAUGUAAAGAUGAAUUAACUUACGGAAAGGAACAACGCGUACGUAUUAUUCCAAUACUUGUAAUGCCAGACUGGAAGCCAACAGGUUGGUUAGGUUUUACUAUAGCAGGACAUAAAUGGAUUAAUUUUUGUGAUAUUGAUACAAAUAUGGAUUUAAGAAUGGAACAGUGUCAAACAAUUGAAUUUCUUUCAUAA